AUGCCCGUGUGGCCGUCUACAAUGACCGCUAAUGGUACGAAUUUCCCAGAACAAGUUUUGCGCAAGAUACUGGUGGACUUCCUUUUGAUCGCGGGACCACUGAUAGCAAUGGUUUUGUAUUUGAACAAAGUGGCCGUUGGUCGUACCACCCUCGUCCAAGUUGCUGCCGGGGCUGUAACUGCAGUCGUAAGUGUUGCCACGUUUGCCCUCCAAUUUCCCGCCUGCCGGAACUGGGUGUCGAUAUGCUUGAUUAGGCCGUCUCGCAUGCAGCCAGUGUUUUUCUACGUGAUCAGUUUCGUGGUCGGUGCAUCUCACGCUUGCUAUGCACUGCCAGUGUUCUUGGACCCACUCGCUAGAGACACGUUGGAACUCUUCUUUCCUGUUUCCCUAUGUGUGAUGUUGUAUGCAACUUCAGUGACAGCUCGGUUUUUGCCGUUCGAGGUGUUCUCGUGUGCACUGGCAAUUCUGGCCACGUUUACAUUGUAUGCAGAACAUAACAUGCAGAGGGGCAAGACUUGA